AGUUGGUUUUUCGGAUUUAGUUUGUCUUGGACCUUAAAACGUAUCGCAUAUCGUGUUUAAACAGCAAUACACAUUCAGAGCUCUCUUGUGUAGUUAGUUAUAUAGCUCUUGCUUCUUGUUUUAAAAGCAAGCUCAUUUCUUCAUCAUCGAACAACAAUUCUUAUUGAACAACAUUGUUGAUCAUUCCUCAUUGCCAUCACGGCAAUUGCAGCAUCCAAUCAAAUAGAAACAAUCGAAUGCAAAAAACAAAAACAAAAAAAAAAACGAACAAAAUUAUCAACAUUAUUAUACCGAGUAGUAACGUCGCGCGCAAUAGCCCGAAUGCAUUUAAAAUAAUAAACACCGUGAAUGUGCUCAAUCAAGAACGAUCAUCGAAACGUAUAACAUGUAUCGUGCGUGUCACACUCAACUCACAAUAAACAUCAUUUAAUUUCAUCCAAUUAAUUAGUCGGUUCGGUUAAAGUGCGCUUAAUCUAGGAAAUCAUUAACAAUCGUUGACAGUUUGUUGCCAUCUGCAUGUGUGUGAGUGAAUGUCUUAUUUGUGUCCGACGCUCAAUUCCAUCAAACAAACGACGACUUUGAAAAUACACGAAAAAAAAUAGUAGCAAUUGUAACUGGUGAUAGUUUUUAUAUAGUUGAUUAACAAUUAAUGCGUAGCAAACGCAACUACUCUUAAAGUGGAUUUCAUUUGAACGGAUACCAAAUUAAAGCGACAAUCAAUUGAAAUAAAAAAAAAACCAUUUGGAAUUCAUUCAAAAAGUUUUAUUGCAUUUGUGCGAAUCGGUGAAUUGAUACAAUCACACACACAGAGUGAGAGAGAGGGAGAGAGAUAGACUGAAAUCGAAAGGGUAAACGACGGUUUGAAGUGUGUGAUGCGAAAAAAUGUUUGGACAUUCCACUGAAUUGUGCAUCGUGAUAUUGUUGUUGAUAACAUUGAAUUCACUGUGCGAUGUAUAUGGCAGUUUAUCAGGAUUUUAUAUCGACAAUGGUGUAGAUCAAACGGUCAUGCAUCGGGCAUUAACACAAGACGAUGCACAGGAAGUUGAACAUGAAAUACUCGAAUUACUUGGAUUACCGGAACGGCCGCGAAAAAAACACAGCAUUCAUCCAUCAUUGCGGAAAUCUGCACCGAAAUUUCUGCUCGAUGUGUACAAAAAUUUGAAUGAAGAAGCUAACGAAAAUACAAACGGUGGCCGACUUAGAAGAAGUACCGACUCUGACGAAGGUGAAAACUUUAUAACCGAUGUUGACAAGGCAGCCAUCAAAGAGAGUGACAUUAUAACAACAUUUCUAAAUAAAAAAAAUCAUAUAACCGAAGUGAGGCAUGAGCGUGGCCGAAAAUUAUGGUUUGAUGUGAGCGGAGUGUCAAAGGAUUCGACUCUGAUGAUGGCUGAAUUGCGAAUUUUUCAAAAUCCAGCAUUGGGACGAUGGCAAGAUAUCAAUAAAGAAUUUAUUAUAACGGUGUAUUUCGUAAACGAUACGGAAAAUGACAGAGACAUGCAGGCGAUUGUAUCGACGAAUACCACAUCGGACUAUCACGGAUGGUUGGAAUUGAAUGUGACUGAUGCGAUGACAAAAUGGAUUUUGAACGGUGACAACAAUAAAGGUUUAUAUGUUGGUGCAUAUGCGGUAAAUCGGCCCGACCACGAAGUGAAAUUGGAUGAAAUUGGUUUGGUAAAUACAAAAGGUGACGACGAAUAUCAACCAUUUAUGACUGGUUAUUUCAAGGGGCAAAAUUUCGUAAAGCCCGUCACACAUCUGAGUGGAUCACAUUUGAAUCGUCUCAAACGGAGCACAAUGCAUCGUCGCCGCAAAUCGGAUAUGGUAAAUCCAUUGCUUGAGCAACGAGCAAAUGACCACACGAAAAGUUGUCAAAUUCAACAAUUAUAUGUCAGUUUUAAGGAUUUGAAAUGGCAAGAUUGGAUUAUUGCUCCCGAUGGUUAUGGUGCCUACUAUUGCAGCGGUGAAUGUAAUUUUCCAUUGACGGCACACAUGAAUGCAACCAAUCAUGCCAUCGUUCAAACGUUGGUGCAUUUGAUGCAACCGGCCAAAGUGCCGAAACCAUGCUGUGCACCCGUUCGUCUUGCUCCAAUAUCUGUCCUCUACUAUUUGGAUGAAACCAACGUAAAUUUGAAAAAAUAUAAGAAUAUGGUUGUAAAAUCGUGCGGCUGUCAUUGAAAACAAAAUCAUAACCGUUUUGAUUUGACUGAAUUGACACACAGUGACAAUAGCAUUUUUAUUCGAAACAAAAGAGAUAAAAGUGUUUAUUGGCAUACGAAAAGAAAAUGCAGCUCGGUUUGUUCGCUCAUCGAAUCGAAUAUAUAUUAAUGUUUUUUUUUUGUAUAUAGAAACUACGGACCAUUCUCAA